AUGCCUGAAGAAAUAGCAAGUUUCCAUGCAUAUCAUGUCGGAAUUUUAGAGAAAGCGAAUAAUGAAGAGCAUAAAACGAUGACAAAAAAUUCUGCUGGCAAGAUGAAGAAUGACUUAUAUCUGGAAGAACCUGAAGAGCAUGAAGAGAAAAAAAAACUGCAUCCAAUAGAUAUUGAUCAAAUUGAUGAUAGCGAUGAUAGUACACUUCAAUUUUCCAGAAACAACAAGGUUAUGUACACCAAGCUGGACAUCAGUAAGGAAGAAGCAGAGGAAUUAAAGAAUUGGGACGAUGCGGGCUCCCAAACUGAUCACUCUGACUUUUCUGAGGGUCAUUACUCUGAUGAAUCUACUGGAGAGAGAUGUCGCCGUGAAACUCGGAAUAAGAAAAAAUCUGAGAAACGGGAUUUGCGAAUGGAUGAAAUCACCAGAAAACAUAAUAUCGUAGAGUAA